UUUGGCCGAGUUCCAUUCUCGGGUUUAUUGUUGUGUUUUUGGCCGAGUUGAAAUCUCGGGGAUGGUAUAUUUACAGGGGAGAUGCUGCCGAAAUUUCGGCAGAAAAUAAGUUGAUUUACUUGAGAAAUUAAGACAAGUGUUGAUUUAAGAUUAAAUUCCUAAAGGCUUAUAAUCAAUGUUUGGUAUUUGUGACCAAUUGUAGAUUUUGAAGAGUUUGGAAAUUGAAUUUGGAGAAGCUUAAGAAGCGGAAAAGGUACUCCCAGAUGAGUUGAAGACAUUAUAGAAGAUGUUCCAGCGAAGAUGGCAAACUCCAUUUGCUCCUGGAGAACUGCCGAGUCAGAAGUAUAUGUGUUAUGAUUUCUGGUUAAUGUUAGAGACUUUGCAGACAUAGUCGUGGGUAUGGUAUGUCGGUUUAGUAAGCGGCUCCAUCAGCUGAUGUGUCGUUUGUAUUAUGUUAUAAAGUCCGUGUGAUUAUAGAUUUGUUUGAUUUGAAAGCUACAAAAUAUAUUUACUUUUUUGUGAAUUUUACUAUUAUUAUAUUUUAUUUGAUUCAAAGUCCGGAAAGAUUAUGUACGAAAUGAAAGUCUGUGGGCUCGCUCGUCUCCGGAUAAAGGGUCGGGUGCCCAUCACACCCUAGCGGGAUUAGGGUGUGACACAAUUACAACAAUUCCAAUUACCAGGUGGCUUUCCAAACAGACCCUUAUUGACUCUAUAUUUCAAAUUACCCGCCAGCUUCUCACAUUUUCAAACAAGCUGAAAAACUCUUCUCCAUUUUUCUUUCUGACGAAAACUCUCUGGAAAAAUUGAGUUGUAAGUUUCCAUCUCUCUCUGUCAUCAUCUCAAUUUACGAAGCAGACUUUUUCUUCUGAACGGAAGUUGGUUAAAUCAAGUCUGUGUCAUACAGUUGUCUCAGAAACUAGUUCUAAUUGCCUAAAUAAGAUAAGUAAUUCAGUAUCAGAAAAUUUGAAUGAGAAUCCACAAUUGUUUUGCACCUCAUAAGUUCUAGGAUUAUCGAUUUGCUGAUUGCAUGGUAGACAACAUUUGUUUUGUUUAUUGAAGAAGAAUUAUGGAUAGAAAUUGGUAAAUAGUUGAGUUUAUACUCUGAUUAAGCUGGUUCACAAGCAUCAACAUCAUAACUACUAUAUAAUGAUGAUGAGAGGCAUGAUAUAUGGAUUAUAAGUGAUUUUCGUAUUAUAUAGAAGUUUGACCUAUAUCAAAUACCCAACCAAGGAAUGCUGUUUUUUUUUUUUCUCCUUCUUUUCAUUUGUGUGAUCCUAAUCUAGCUUCAUGAGUAUUCUGCUCCAGCAGAAUCGAGUUGGGAGUUUCCAUAUCUCUCUCUCUCUCUCUAUUUAUGUAUACAUAUGUCGUCAUCUCAAUUUUCGAAUCUACCUUUUUUUCUGAGCGGAAGUUGGUUGAAUCAAGUCCGUGUCAUACAAUUGUCUCAGAAACUUGUUCCAAUUGCUUAAAUAAGAUAAGUAAUUCAGUAUCAGCAAAUUUGAAUAAGAAUCCACAAUUAUUUUACACCUCAUAAGUUUGAGUAUCAAUUUGCCGAUUGCAUUGUAGACUGCAUUUGUUUUGUCUAUUUUGAAGAAGAAUUAUGGAUAGAAAUUGGUAAAUUGUUGAACUAAUUGUCUGAUUAAGCUAUUUCGGAAGCAUCGCAAGCAUAGCUACUAUAUUAAUGAUGACAAGGAUUAUAAGUGAUUCCAGUAUUAUCUAGAAGGUUGGCCUAUUAAUUACUCAACCAAGGAAUGUACAGUUUUUUUUUUUCUUCAUUUGUGUGAUUCUAAUUUAGCGUCAUGAGUAUUUUGCUGUUUCGGUGGCCAAUACUGCAAGCUUUAACUAAUGUUUGUGAUGAUUUGCUCAUGGAUUCUAUAUCAGCAUCAUUCGAUACUUGUUCCGACGUACUUUCAGCGUUGAUCCAUGCUUGUUCUGAUUAGUAAGUGCUGGUGUUUUCUGUAUUAGUAUGAUUUGUUUGUUUUGAGACACAUUUUAUGUCUGACAUUUGAAUUAAUGAUAUGUGCAUUUCAGCUACUAAGUAUUAUGUGGGAACUGUCCCUAAUAUGGUGUCACUUUGUUGUCAUAUUCAUCUGUUUUGGCAGUCUCUUACAUGUGGAAUAUUUUCCGGUCUCUUAAGUGUUCGUCAAUGAACGUUAGAUUCCCCCUUGAUUUUGUUUUAUGUCAUAAUCAGGAAAUGGCAAAGGGUAUCAGGGGAAAGUUGUCGGCAUUUAAAGUUCAGGUCUAUGAGCUGCUUUUAUUGAUUUCGGUGCAAAUUGAUAAACUUGAAGACGUUCUUCAUGAAGCUUUGAAUGAAAAAAAUGCAGAAGCCAUGGAAGCUGAAAUUUCUGCUUAUAUUGAUCGUCUCAAAGGUGCAACAGAGAGUUUGAGGGAGUUUUUGACAGAUAAUACAGAGCCGAUCAGUAGAGAGGAUUUCUUGAAAGAUCGCGUGGAUGAUUUGGACUUCAAGGAUAUUGAUGCAUGGAAGAAUACUUUAAGUGAUGAACUCAUUGCAAAGGAGAUAUCUAGGCAUGAUGUGGCUCUUGAUGAGAUGAGUAAAAUCAAAGAUAUAGUCACUGGCCUCGUUGAAAGGAUAAAAUUGUUUGGAGGAAAAGUUAACUACGACAUGUUUCUGAUGUAUCCAGGAGAUGAUGAGUAUUUUGGUAGCCGUGACCAUGAAAUGGUCGACUAAAAUUCUGUUGCUUAUAACCUGUGGACGAUUAAUGGAGAUAUCAAUCAACUACUUAUACCAGUUAAUGACAGCGUAGAGGAGAUUCAAAAGAGUAUACUAAGCAUCAAUAUUGACAUCACUGCCCGUCUUCAGCAUCUCCGCACCUUGAUAUAGAGUUGGCUAUUAGAAUAAAUGAGGCAUCUAUCGAGAAUGAUACUCUGGUAGCUAUAUUUUUCUUUGGCAACUGAUUGUUAAACUGUUGGAUUUUAUCUGUUGUAAAACUGUUGGAUUAUAUCUGUUGUGUAAAUGCUAAGGAUGCUGAUCUAAUGCACUGUUUGUUCACUUCA